AAGAUGAAUAAACAGAGAUAGCUCUGCACUUCCUCUUCUUGUCAGCCGAUUUUCCCAAACAUGCGUCAGAGCGGUGUUGUGCAGUAAUCGCUCUCGCACCGCUCAGUAAAAACUCGCAAUGUUACGAGUAAGAGUACCCGUACAUACCGUACGUUCCAGUUACGACUUUCCUUCACCCGUACGAAUUCGUGAAUUCACAUCUCACAUCGACACAUUUAUUCCGUCGAUUUCGCAUUUUACUGUACGGUAUUUGCCAUAAUACCAAUCUCAGGUGUACCGUAAAAAGAAAUCGAAGAUAAGGACUACUACUUUGGUAAUAUCAAGAUAGGAAACAAUAGCGAGGGCUGCAUCACUUUUAGAGAACAUAAAGGUGCAAUGGAUGAUCCACCACCAGCCUCGAACAACAACGAGAAGAAAAAGGGCGCAGAGAAUUCUGGCAAGACGGGAAGAACCUCAUCCUCUUCCUUCCAACUCACUCCCAGCCAAGCGUUACGUCCCGUCAAGAAUGAUGUCAGCGUUGCCAAUGCCGAAAAUUCUGGAAAAGCCUCCGUCAAAAAGAACAACAACAAUAACAGGAGGCGUAGGAACACAAACAAGAACCAGAAAAAAUCACCUGUUACGACUGACGAGGGCGGAGAUGAUGUCGCAGUGAAUGACAAUGCAGGCAACAAGAACAACAACGGUAAAGGCAACGAUAACGGAAACAAAGGAAAGAAACAACGACAACGACAACGAGGAAAGAAAAAAGGCGGCGAAGCAGCGCACAAGAAUUCCGACGGCAAAGACAAUGCGGCAAACGCUAACAACGAAGAAUCCAACAACAACAAGGAAUCGCAGCAAACAGUGAAUGCCAAGAAGCGAAACAGGAACAAAAACAGAAAAGCAAAGAAAAAGUAUCCUUGGAGACGUCACAUACCCGAGGGCACUGUUGAUCCAAUCACUCUGGAAGAUCUGAACACGCUCGAGUACCCGCCGUUUGCCUUGGUCGCAGACCAGCCCUAUGUCCCGGUCCCCGUGUGGCCAGUUCCAAUCCAAAAGAAACAGACCAGUGGCCAAGAUGAUAAAAGCGGUAAAGCCGAAGCCGGUCCCACUUCUUCUGAAAAAGUAGAAGACGUGGAAGAUCUGAAUCGACAGAGACUCGCAGAUCAAUGGGGUGAAUUUAUGUUGCCGUCGAAGGAGACUAGCACUACCUCGUCGGUCAAUGAUAAAGAACAAGUGUCUUCUGCACCGCCCUCGCCUCCUCUGUCUGAACGGCCGCUCAAUCUCUUUGAUGGUCGUGCAUUGGCAUUUUAUAUGGUGAGCCAGCUGCAAUUCAUUGAUCCCUUCACCCGUCGCGAUUUGACUCGACCAGAACUCUUGAAUUUAGAUCGGUACCUGGAUCGGUAUGGGAGUGGCGACACGGGGUUUGGUAACAACAACAACCAACGGAGCAAGAACAAAAAACAACAGCGGCAAAAAAUACGGGUCACGGAUGCCUACGAUGCAAAAGGAAUCACGUUGAGUUCGGCCGGAGCGGCUGCAGCUACGGCGCAAGGCCGGGCAGACAUAAUGCAACAGAUGGCGCAGCAACUCCUGAACUCGUUGUUUGUUGGUCAGCCUUCAGUGAGUACGAUAGCAGCAGCUCCAGCCACAAAUGACAGUUUCGGUAUCGGUACAACAAACCAAUCGACGCGGCAAMAGGAAGACUCCUUUUCUUUGCAAGAGCAAUAUGCCGCACUGCAGAGGCAAGAGCGAGCAGCUGCGGCAAGGGGAGAGCAACAGUAUGAGCAAGGCGGUUUCACAAGGAACGAUCUAGAUGUUUAUAACGCUGGCGAUUUCGGUUUUGGUGGUAUGAACAAUGGAGGAGGAGGAUAUAUGAUCAUUGAUGACGACGAAAACCCAGAGCUUCGUGGCCGUGGGCACAGCGACUUUCCGUCMCUGGCAGCUUCAUCUCCAUCGUUCGGAAACGGACCAAGGCCUGGUGGAAACGGUCCAUCCCCCUUUUAUUCUGCUUCGCACAUUACUGGUCGACACGGAGGCAGCAAUCCCGCAGCAGGCUCCGGGGCUUUCCCCUCCCUUCCAGCACCAGCCUCCGCAUCGGGCAAUAAUAGUAGGGAUAAUACGUCAUCCUCGACGACAAAUUUUGCCAAGUCAAACAAUAGUGACGCAGGAAAAUCUCUCACAAAAAAUAAGAAAUCAAAAACCCUAUCAAGAAUCACAAGGGCUGUCAAGAAGACUACAGCAGAAGAAAAACAACGCCAAUGGGAGGCUCGAGAAGCCGCAAGACGAAAAGCAAUGAUGUCCAACCUUACGUUUGGAAUGAAUCCUGUUGCAGCGGAUCCUUUGCCGAGCAGUCAUCCAGCAGCGACACCGACACCAGCCGGAGGAUCGGCCACGGAAGAGCAACUUGUCCGCAAUCGGGCAUUUGCUGAAGCCCUAGGUGUGAAACCUGCCACACAAAGGCAUUAUGCUUCCGGCUGGGCACGCCCGACCGAACAUCUUGACGAACUAGAGGCUGCACUGUACCCAGAUGAACUGAUUUUGAAGGCCCGUGAUCAUCGGAUGCAGUUGCUGUUGAAAAUAGAAAAGAAAUGGACAACUUUUUUGAAUGAUGACAAGGCAGCUUCUCUUCCACUCAACCGUAUGGAUAGAGCAUCUAGAAAAUUUGUUCACCACUAUGCCGAAUUCUGGAAACUCAAAACAGAGAGUUUUGAUCCGGAACCUAAUCGAUACAUUCACUGCGUGAAGCUAUUGGAUACGCGAAUGCCACGACCAUUAUUGUCCGAUGUGGCUAGAAACUGGCGCGGGCCAUCAUCCUUACCCUUUCCCGAUGCCACUCGGACAAUAGCGUCCAUCAUGAAUGAUCAUACUUCACAACAAACCGCGGGUCAAACCUCCAGCAGCAGCAGCACUGGUCUUCGUGAACAGCUCAAACCUCCGCCAAAACUUCGAUCGGCUACUGCUAUAUCGAGCAGCAAGGGAGACCUCGUUGCUUUUGGAGAAGCAGCGGUGCAAAAUUCCAGAUCUGAUGCUCUUAGGGACAAAGAACGCCCCAAGAUGAAUCUCCUUCCGCGCUCGGUGCCACUGGAGCUACCUCCAUUCGAAGAGCAACUAAAAGAACAGAAAGAAAACGCUUUUGAUAUAAAGGAAGAUAUCAGGAAACGCCAGCUUUUGAUGGAAAAGAAGAGACAACAAGAGAAGCAAAUCGAGCAGAGAAAGCAAAAAGCUCUUGAAGAUGCUUUUGCAAGUGAUGACGAGGACGAGGUUGGCAAUUUAUCUGAUUCCGAUAGCGAAUGGGGAGACRAACAAGAGGCUCUUUUUGAUGGCAGCGAUGAGGAUUGACGAGGUUCAGUUAAAAGUAAACUCAUACAGAGCUUUAGCUGAGAAAAURUUUUAAAAGCUAAAAAUGGACUUAAAAGCCUCUUU